CGAUGAAGAUGAUGAGAGUGAUGCAGACUAUGAAAACAUUGAACACACCCUAGAAAUGAAGAAGAGAAGCCAAACCCCAGAAUGGAGAAAUAAGGACAACUCAGAGAAAGGAGUAAUUUCAACAGAGUUUAAAUCCAGCACGAAUCCAGCUGCUGCUGUUGCUGGGACCAAGUCCAUCAUUCUGCUGUAUGUCCUGCUAUUGAUGGUCACUCUAGGCUGGAUAGUCUUCAUCUUACUGGCCUUCAUAAAGUACUCUGCACUGACAGAAGAGAUUCAGCACCUCCGAAUGAGUCACGUCACCUUGAAGGAGAACAGUUCUGCAGAAAUCCGAAGCCUGGGAAUGAAACAAGCUGAGUUGAUGACCAAUGAGUCUCAGAUGUCAUCCAGACUGAACAGCUUCAUCUUCCAGCUCCAAGUGCAAGAGUCUCAGAUGUUAUCCAGGCUGAACACUUUAUCUGCCCAGCUCCAAGCCCAAGGAUGUACAAAAGUGUGCCCCUGUGACUGGAUCCUGUUCAGUGGAAGUUGUUACUAUUUUUCAAAAGAAAGAAGAGACUGGAGUGGAGCUCAACAGUACUGUGUCAACCAGGCCUCUAGCCUUGCCAUUAUCAACAAUGUAGACGAGCUGAAAUAUCUAAGCAGCAAAAUCUCUUCUGUCCACUGGCUGGGAUUGACUGACAGUGAGAUUGAAAACACCUGGAAAUGGGUGGAUGGAACGACAGUGAUCAUGAGUGAAAUAUACUGGAAUUUUGGAGAGCCCAACAAUGUUGGCGAGGAAGACUGUGGAGAGCUGACAGAAGGUAAACUGAAUGAUGUAGGUUGUGGUGAGAUUAAAAGAUGGAUCUGUGAAAAGAGCUUGUAGCCUUCCUGUCCCUACCUCUAAUGAAACAGGCUCUUGAGGAUCCCAGCACAGCAGACUUCAUUCUGCAUCAUCAGCAGCAAUAUUUGGGUAAUUCAUAGGAAUCUGCCAGAAAAUCUCAUAUUUUAAGAUCAGUGUCAGUCUGUAUUGAAAAAAAAAUAGCUUUUAAUCAAAGGUGAAAUAAUGUAUCAGCAUUCCUAAUGGUAGCAACAACAGCAACAACAACAAUAGCUGGCAUGGUGGCACAGUGCUUAACAGUGCUUCCUCACAUUACUGGAUCCCUGCGUCCCAAUUCUGGAUAUGGGGUAGCAUCUGUGUGGAGUCUGUAUGUUUUCCCUGUGUUCAUGUGAGUUUGCUCCCGGAGCCUCCCAUAGUACAAACACAUAUUGUCUUUGUCAUGCUGGUAGGUUCAGUAAUUCCUGAGAGAAACUGGCCCUGAUGUGAGUGACUUUGUGUGUGCCUUGUGAUAGAUCAGUGUAACCUACCUUCUAGCUGUGCCUUCUACAUGAGCUUUUGA